CAACGGAUCAAAUCAUAUUGGCAAUCCAUGAUCUUCAGCAAAUGGGCCAAGACCACUGAUUAAAUCGAUGUCAACCCUGACAUUGGCUGUCCAGAACACUAAUCGUUCUCUUGGGUGCUUCAUUGCAAACUGGUUUUCAUCUAUUUAUUUCGUUGAAGGGAUGCAGUGGACAGCUCACAUGAUUGUCUUUAAUUAUUGUGCCGAAGCUUUUAGCUCUUACGCAAAAUCCUUCAUUAAAUAAGCGACAACAUUCAUAGUUGUUGUGACAAUUUCCGUGUCAUUGCUGUGUUGUGGUCGUACGAAUUUCCGAGCGAUGAAGGCUGUAGAACUUUAGGACGAA